UUACUGUGAAAGUUUACUGCACGUGUUUCCGGUCUGUAAGGAGCUAACAAAUAGCUUGCAAGCUUCUGUUAGUUUGUUAAGGGACCUUUAAAAGUAAUUCUGCAUUUUCUUAAUCAUGGAAACGACAGGCAGUUCAUAUCAAGUGGAAAACACAGAUAUAUUCCUGCCGUUGUCAUCAUUGAAGCUGCUGAUUCCUCCUCUGCGGCUGCUUUCUGCAGCGAUGUGGCAAGUGGCUCAGCGGAGAGAGGUUCUCGAUUAUGAAAAUCUCGAUGAGUUUGUGACGCUGGUCACAGCUACAGUGCCACAGCUGCUCAACCCAAAGCAAAGAGGCACACUGCUUCUGCGACUGAGAGCCAAAAUUAUUCUUGAGUUGUGCAGAAAAGAGGAAACAGCCAACAUUUUGUGCGUACAGCCUCACCUAGAACGAAUCCGCCCUCCGGGAUACACAGGAAGUGGGGAUGCAGAGGUGGAUGCAGAGGAGGCCAUUUUUGUGGAGCUCAUCCAAACACUUCUGAAAGACCCAGCAGAGAGGGAGCAUUUUUACCAGGAGGUUUUUCCAACAGAGUAUGGUUCCAGCUACGACACAGACAUGCAGCUCCUUGUGUGGGAGUUUCUGUCUAAACUGGAGAAACUCCUGCCAGUACCAGACCUCAGUCAGACGGUGUCAUGGCUGACCUCUGCCCCCUCUGUACUGAAGGACUGCCUGCAAGCGCUUGCCAAUCCCAACGACCUGAGGUCUCUCUUGCAGCAUCACAAAUGUCUUGAGCACCUUGGAACACAAGGUACCACUUUAGAGAUGUCCACCCAGGUCUUUGCCUGCUCAGAGUGUCCGUUCUUCCACGUGCAGGAGUCCUACCUGCUGCAGCACAUCGAGCACAGUCACCCUGAGCAGCACAGCCAACUCCAAAGGUCUGCAGAGACUGCAGAUAUUCCCAAGAAGAAGGCCCAGCGUCCUGAGUUCCCCAAGCCUUUCCCCAUCCACGACAGGCCUGACCCUCACAUGUGCCAGGAGUGUGGAAAAACGUUCACACGCGCCUCAGACGUGACGCGUCACCAACGGACACACACAGGCGAGCGCCCGUACACCUGUGAGGAGUGUAAGAAGGGCUUCAAGAACUCUUGGGAUCUGACUAGACAUCAGCGCAUUCACACAGGGGAACGGCCCUUUCUCUGCUCCCAGUGCGGCAAACGCUUCACACAGAUGGGCUUGCUCAAGCUGCAUUUCGAACGAACGGCCUGCGGACAGACGUGCAACCCUCCCCUCGAGCUCACAACAGAGGUCAUCGUAGCAGAGGAGGCGUCACAGAAUGUUGAUGGUCAGUACAAAUGCCAGAAAUGUGGCGAGAGCUUCGGUAGCAUCCUGGAGCGGCUGAAGCACAGGCAGAGGCACGUGGCCAGGCGUCAGUACAAAUGCUCCCUGUGCGAGAAGAUAUACAGCCGAGCGUCGGACCUCAAGAGACACCAGAUGAAACACACCGGCGAGCGGCCGUUUGCCUGCGAGUGUGGGAAAAGCUUCACACAUGUGUGGCUGCUGAAUAAGCACCAGCAGAUCCACACCAGGGAGCGUCCGUACCCCUGCACAGAAUGCGGAAAAAGCUUCACUCAGAUCCAGAUCCUCAACAGGCACCUGAUGACUCACAACGGCCAGCGGCCCUUCCAGUGUUCCUACUGCGAGAAGAGCUUCGCCCAGCUGGCCAGCCUCACGCGCCACGAAAGAAUCCACACGGGCGAGAGGCCGUACCUCUGCACCACCUGCCAGAAGACGUUCCUCACACACGGAGAGCUGGUGAGGCAUCAGCGCAGCCACAGUAACUUCAGGCCGUUCAGUUGCGCACAUUGCCUGAAGAGCUUCAAAACCAAGCGGGCUCAGAGCGAACACCUCAAUACACACACAGGAGAGCGGCCGUUUGCGUGCACCCAUUGCGGGAAGAGGUUCGCCAAGUCAACCUCGCUCGUCCGACACAACCUGACUCACACGGGGGAGCGGCCCCACCAGUGCUCCCAGUGCAGCAAGACCUUCCUUACCUCUGGUGAGCUCCUGCUCCACAAGCGGAUCCACACAGGAGAGAGGCCCUACCCCUGCUCCUACUGCGAGAGGAGGUUCCGGUGCUCCUCGGACCUCAACAUGCACGUCCGAACACACACCGGAGAGAAGCCACACAGCUGUCUGCUCUGUAAGAAGAGUUUCUCUACUUCUACGAGGCUGAAGAGACACGUACGCACACACGUGGAGAAGGACAUAGUUGUGGAAUCAUUGAGUCUUUAAGCUGUUAAAAGCUAAUUAUGUAAUUAUUAGAAGAGGAAGAUUGUUGCUUUGUCACAACAAUAAUAAACUUUCUUUUUUUGUCUUUAAUCUAUAGUUUUUUUUAAUGUGAUCUGAUACAUAAGAACCUUCUUAAAUGUAAAGUACUUCACAUGAACAACAAAAACAUAGACAAAUCUCCAAAUCUUUGUGUGCUUUUCUUUCCGGAAAAUUGUUUUUUGGACACCUCAGACUUAAUUUUGCAGCCCCAGGGAGAAGGACAUACCAACAAGCCUCACUUUAAAAUGACUUAGAAAUCAUUCAGAGCUCUCUGGGUUAGGAGAAGGUAAAAAAAAGUCAAAAUAUGAACGAGGAAAGCAAAAUACACGAUUAGAAACAAAGCUCUGAAAAGGUGUAACAGUGGAGAAGGGCCACAACGAUCUGGGAAAAAGGGAGAGGAUGCCACAAAUUUUAAAGAUGGUACCACUGAUCAACAGGAGGAGGGCUGCUCACACAUCCAAGGUUAGUUUCCCUUGCAUUACUUGUUUAUUGUGAUUGUUAAUAGCUCAUUCAUUGGUUUCUACAUUUAUCUGUGUAGUGAUGAAAACAACUAAUGUUAUUCAAACAAUAACGCAAUUAGAUGGCCAGGUUUUCAUGCUUCCCUCCACUGUGUGAUUGAAUACAGGUUUCUAUGUAAACUGAUCAAAGUUUAUCUUAUGGGACAUUUAAGAAAACAAAGGAAUAAGGUACAAGUCGGAUGGCAGGAUGUCUGUAAUCUUCUCAAGACUUACAUAACAUGAUAGAACUGGCUCUACAUCCAUGAUGAAUGCUCUGGUCUUUUGUAUAAUCAAGGUAGGUUUUCCAAUGAUCGCUGAUGGGGCCAGUCAUAUAAACACUGGUUGUUAGAGUUAUAACAUCUUGCUAAUAAAACCUCAAAAGCAUUUAGACUCUUAAGAACCGUCUUGUAAGUGAGGGGCAUUUUCACUACUUUUGUGCUGUAGAACAAGUAACGUAUUUAGUACAAACAGGGACAUAUUUAUAUUUUAGAGGUAAGAAAUAGUCAAAACAGACCAUAUUUGUGUAAGCUAAGAUGUAUUCUAUUUAUACACAUUGCAUACGUCAAUAAGUUGGGAGCAGUUCCACCAGUGAUAUCCCUAUUUUUUCCUUUAGAAAAUUAGUAGAAUCCUGAAGAAUAUAUGUCUUAUAUCUGCAGAAAAGAACAACAAAUAUGGUAAGGAAAAGACAGAAUGAACACGUUUUACUUUCCUAUUAAUCAUCUUGCGAGCAAC